AUGGGGCGGCAAAAAAAUUUUAAAUCACCAGAAAAUAAUAUACCUAAGAAAUAUAACUAUGGAAAUAAUAUUUUUGCAAAACGCCCUACAUCUUUGUCUUCUUCAUCAGCUCAAAAUAGUAUUGAUAUUGAAAAUAAGGUAUAUCGAUAUUUAAAAGAAUCAGAUUAUGCUAAUGUUGCUGAUAUUUCAUUAUGUUGUACAGUUGUUAAAGUAAUGGAACAAAUUUUCGAUGAACAUGAAAAAGAAUCACUUAAUAUUUUAAGAAAUAAAAAUAUUUUUAAAAUUUCUAAAGAAACAGAAGAAAAAGAUAUUAAUAAAGAGAUACAUAUUAAUAAAACUACUGAAUGGAAAAAAAUGGAUUUAAAAAUAAAUAUUGGUGAAAAAAUUAAAUGCCCAAAUAUGAUUGAUGAUGAAAAUAAAGUAAGUAAUUGUAAUAUUUUAGUACAAAAAUUUGAUACAAUAAAAGAUAAUGGAAAAACUGUAACACCUGAAAUAUCAAAAGUUAUUAAUGUACCAACAGUACCAUAUAAAAAUUAUAUUCCUAAUGAGUCAAAAUGUUUUAUUACAACAUCACUUAAUUUUAAAACUGAAGAUAAACCAUAUUAUGAUUAUGUUUGUAAUGCAAUUAUUAAAGAAAAUGAAGAAUCAAUUAAUAGUAAAGAUGAAGAAAAUCUUGAAGAUUUAUUUCCUGAAGGAGUUAGAGGAACAGAAGAUGAUAUAUUUGAGCGUAAAUUUACUCCAGAAAUUAUAAUGAAAGGUGUUGAAAGUUUAACAAAACUUUUUCCUGAAAAAUCACAUGAUGAAAUAUUACAAAAUAUAGUAUAUAUAUAUCCAUCUAUUGGACCAUUACCAGCAUUAAAAAUUGAUCUUAAAUCAUAUGAAAUUGAAAUGACAAAAAAAACAUUUGAUGUUUUUGAAAAUUUUAAUAUGUGUCCAAGAUGUCAAUUAUUAUCAGGUUGUAAUUGUAAUAAAAAAAAACCUAAAGGAAUACCACAUGGAUAUAUACAUGAAAAUAAAGUAAAAUUAGAAAAUCCAAGACCAUGUAGUAAAUUAUGUUGGUUACUUCAAACUAAUAUGAAAAGAUAUACAUAUAAAGAAAAUGAUUUUCCAUCAUUAACCUCAUCAAAAAUACGAGAAUUAUAUAUUUUAUUUGGUAACAAACCUUGCCUUAUAACAAGUGAUAUUGUUGAAUUUAGUAAAAUAGAUAUUGAAUGUUUUAAAGUUGCAAAAUAUAUUGAAAAACAUUUGCAAAAUACACCAUGUAAAGAAUAUUUUGUUUUAACAAAAGAUCAAGAAACUCCUAUACCAUAUAAAAAAUUUUAUAAAAAUAUAUCAAGUUAUUUAAAGAGUGAUGGUACUGUAAACAAUAUGGUAAUUUAUAAUCCUUGUUGUCAUACUGGUCCAUGUACAAAAGAAAAUAAAUGUCCAUGUGCAAUAAAUAAACAUAUUUGUUAUGAUUCGUGUGGUUGUCCUCCAAAUUGUAAAACAAAAUUUACUGGUUGUCAUUGUAAAGCUGGUGAUUGUAGUACAACUAGGUGUCCAUGUUUUAUAUUAGGAUGGGAAUGUCUUCCAAUGACAUGUGACUCUUGUUCAUUUGAUGGUAUUAAAAAAAAAGAUUGUAAAAGUUGCCAAAAUUGUUUUAUUCAAAGAAAUCUUUGUAAAAAUAUUGAUAUUAAACAAUCACCUAUAGCUGGAAAUGGUGCUUUUGCUGGUGAAAGUAUAUUAAAAGGCGAAUUUAUUAUUGAAUAUAAAGGUGAAGUUAUAUCAAAUGAAGAAGCUGAGAGACGUGGUAGAAUAUGUGAUGCAAAAAAAUCGAGUUACCUUUUUGUACUUAAUGAAGAUGAACAUAUAGAUGCUUUAAAUUAUGGAAAUUCUGCCAGAUUUAUUAAUCAUUCAAGUGAUAAUCCAAAUUGUGCUGCCAAAGUUAUGAUUGUUAAUGGUAAUCAUAGAAUAGGUCUUUAUGCUACUAAAAAUAUAUCUAAAGGUGAAGAACUACUUUUUGAUUAUCGUUAUACAAAUCAACAUAAAAAAGGCUUUAUUGAAAAACCAAACAAAAAUGGUUCAUAA